UGCUGUGAUAGCUCCCAGAGUUCAAGAAGCAAUACUCUCCAGAGCCUCUCUGAAACGACCAUCUGUACCAGGACAAGCGAUAGCCAAAAAGAAUCCUAGCCAAGGUCAACAGGCUGUUGUUAAAGCUGCUCUCAGUAUCUUGCUAAAUAAAGCUGUUUUGCAUGGCUGUCCUCUGCCCAGAACAGAGCUAGAUAAUUAUAUAGCAGAUUUUAAGGGAGGAAAUUUUCCUUUAUCCGUGGUUUCAAGCUACAAAAAUUGCAGUAAAAAAAGAGGUGAGAAUGCUUCUUGGAGAAAAGUCAGCACAAGUCCUCGCAAAAAGUCAGGCCAUUCAUCCUCCCAGUCUUGGAAUGUUCAGGAGACAAACACUGAAGGUAUAAAAUCUAAGACUAUGUUGCAACCAAACUGUAAGAAAAGAGCUUCUCUUGCCACAAAGUCUUCAGAGAAGGAUCAAUUGAGAACGUUAAAUCUGGAGCAAAGACUGUCCCUUGGUUCUGAUGAUGAAGUAGAUCUUGUGCAGGAACUUCAAAGUAUGUGUUCCAGCAAAUCUGAGCCUGAUAUAAGCAAGAUUGCAGAAUCUAAGGGUGAGGUAUUGCUGUUCAAUAGUUCUCAGAACAAUCCCGUAUUUGCAGCAAGUGGUACUAACCAAAGUAAAACAACAGCACAAAGGGCUGGAAUGCGUCCUCUCAGCAGCAGUCGAACUGUGGAAAGCAGCAACAGUAAAUCAAAGACAGAGUUGGGUGUUUCAAGAGUUAAAUCUUUUCUUCCUGUUCCUAGAAGUAAAGUCACCCAGCCUUCUCAGAAUACUAAAAAAAGCAGCAGCAGUAAUACAAGGCAAAUAGAGGCAGAUAUUAACACAAAAAGAGAGAUUUGGAAUUUGCACAAAAAAGAACAAAUAGAAAAAUCUAAUAAAUAAACCUGCCUCCCAUACAAUUUUCUGUGUUCAUAUAAUCUCUACUGCAAAGAACCAAGUACACAAAUUUGUAAAUAUUUUUUUAAAAUAAACUGUUUCCCUGUAAUGUAAAGUUUGUACAGGACCACAGUUUUAUUUCUGUGUAAAUCAGCUGGAAAUUAUCUUGAUUUAAACUUCAGAAAUGGGCAGUUUUGCAACCUUCAUAGAUUUUUUUUCUUCUUCUUCCUUUAUUAUGAAAAUUACUCAUUUAAAUGAUAAUAUUCAGGGGUAUUACCACAAGAUUCUCUUUGUGUAUAUACUGUACAUAAAUGUAUUAAGUUCACAUAUUAAACUGCAUUCAGAUGAGUUGCACAAUAUGUACAGCAAUGGCUUAAAGCUAUUGUACAUGC